GUCUAUGUAGGCGAUUGUGUGUGUGUGUUACAUCAAGAAAAGCGGAGAAGUCCUUUCAUGAUAAGACAAAAGUGUAGAAGAACAACGCAAGCAUUUUUAAAAAUUGUGAAGGACUUUUCCUUCUUGAUGAUUUUGCCUGAAACUCUGCUUGGUAAGCGAGUAUUUGUCGUUCGUUACGCAGCAGCAGAGGACGAGGUGCGCGCACGCGUGCGCGCGGGUGCCACCGGCGCGUCCCGCCGUUCCCGCGCGCAUUCUUCCUCCGCGCGCCUAAAUGAGGAGGCUCGCGAUGGCAGCGAGCAACUGGAGCAGCGCGAUGAUGGACGAGCGCCUCAACCCCGCCGCUGCCGCUGACCCGGGCGAGCCUCUGGCGGCGGGCGAGCCGAGCAACGGCAGCGGCUGCGCGCCGCUGACGACGGCGAGCCACGGGCGCGCCGGCAAGCUGCUGCUCGGCUCGGUACUGACGCUGAUGACGCUGGGCACCAUUGGGGGUAACCUGCUGGUGGUGGUGUCCGUGUGCGCCGUCAAGAAGUUGCGGCAGCCCGCCAACUACCUGAUCGUGUCUCUGGCCGCCGCCGACCUGAGCGUGGCCGUGGCCGUCAUGCCCUUCGUCAGCGUCACCGACUUGACCGGCGGGCGCUGGCGCUUCGGACGCUGGUUCUGCAACGUCUUCGUCGCCAUGGACGUCAUGUGCUGCACCGCCUCCAUCCUCACCCUGUGCGCCAUCAGCAUCGACAGGUACCUGGGCAUCACCAAGCCGCUGACGUAUCCGAUGCGGCAGGACGGCCGCUGCAUGGCCAAGAUGAUCGCGUGGGUGUGGCUGCUGUCGGCGUCCAUCACGCUGCCGCCGCUCUUCGGCUGGGCCAAGAACGUCAACGACGGCCGCGUCUGCCUCAUCAGCCAGGACCGGGGCUACACCGUCUACUCCACCGCCGUGGCCUUCUACAUCCCCGUGUCCGUCAUGCUCUUCACCUACUCGCGCAUCUACCGCGCCGCCAAGAUCAGCGCCGCCAAGCACGCCGUCGCCGCCUUCCCCCUUCGAGGCGACCACGGGUCCGCCGACUCGGCCAGCGUCAAGGACACCGAGGAGGAUGAGGCCGAUGAGGAGACGAACCUCCAGCAUCACGAUCACCAUCAUCACCACGAUAAUGAUGAUCCUCAGCAGCAGCCGCCGCGGCGCCCGAGGAAGAACCAGGGUUCCAUCUUCAGGCGUGAGCAAAAGGCGGCGGCCACGCUGGGCCUGGUGGUGGGCGCCUUCAGCGUGUGCUGGCUGCCUUUCUUCCUGCUAUCCACGGCGCGGCCUUUCGCCUGCGGGGGGGCGUCGGCGGCGUGCGGCUGCGUGCCGCUGUGGCUGGAGCGCACGCUGCUGUGGCUGGGCUACGCCAACUCGCUCAUCAACCCCUUCAUCUACGCCUUCUUCAACCGCGACCUGCGCGCCACCUAUGCUAACCUGCUGCGCUGCCGCUUCCGCAACAUCAACCGCAAGCUGUCGGCGGCCGGCGUGCACGAGGCGCUCAAGAUGGUGCGCGCUCGGCCGCCGGGCCCCACCCGCGCCCACCCGCUGCCCGUCACCUGACGACCGGCGAUUGUCUUUUGGACGCGCAGAGGAACGUGUGACGACGACGGGCAACUUGGGACUCCUUGCCUACACGCUUGUCUUUUUUCCCCCUUUCAAAAAAAAAAAAAAAAAGGGAGCUACCGUCCCC